AUGGCUGGGCUUUACACGGAAGAAAAAGCACCCAUUGUAAAAAACGCACCAAACCCGCUAUAUAUUAUUCCUGGCGACCCAGACAGGGUGGAGGAGAUCAAGGCGAUCACCCAAAGAAUAUUUCCGGUGUCGUAUCAGAACGACUUCUAUCAGAAGCUGUUUUCAAAGAACACGUUUGUCCAGCUUCUCUGCCGUAGCGAAAACAACGAAAUUAUUGGCCUUUUUGCAGCCAGAAUUUCGGACCCCCACACAAUGGACAUAAAGAACGACCUGCAGCAAGGAGGCUCAAAGUGCCAGUGCCAAGAGGAGGACCCUCUGCUGGAAAACAGGAUUUUGUAUGUGAUUCUUCUGGGAGUGUCUCAGGAGUUUCGAGGCGCCGGGCAUGGGAAAAUGCUCAUCCGCGAAAUCGAGUCGAUCGCUGUGGCGUACGGCAUCAAACACGUUGUUUUGCACGUGCAGACGUCAAACCUGCCGGCCAUAGAAUUCUAUUACAAGUUAGGGUUUAAGCUCGUCAAACUUAUAACCAACUACUAUAAAAAUGUAUACCCGAAAGACGCUUUUUUAUUACAGAAGUGCUUAUAUUCACAAUAG